AUGUACAUUGAAGCGCAUGUGGCUGUGCGGCAUCGUAUCGGCAAGUGGCUUGACGCUCCUAUUGGAAGUUGCCUGGAAAAAAGUGUCUUAUUGAUAUCACUGGCAAGGAGAAGCGUGGACUUUCCUCAAUACUCCACUGAUUUAAAAAUCUGCUGUUGUGUCGGGUAUCUCGUCAUAUCAACUCUAGUACUAAUUGAGAGCCUAGACGAUACAAAAGCCAUCGAAACAUACAUAUUUACCGCAUCCGGCGAGGUAGAGAACGAAUAUCUGUUAGCGUGGGUUUCAAAAAGCCCCUCGGGGCCUUUGGGCAACUUCGUCUUCACCUCUGUCAAGGCUUUGGAUCAAACCACGGGGUUAUGUACUACAUUUUCAGUGUUGCUCAACUCAACCCGCACGUUUUGGUUCGGCCUUAAUGGGACCAAUUUGCUAACCGUGGACCCGGAAACAAUUACAGUAGCGACGAUGAUGCCAAUAACUAUUUCGAUUCAAGUUCGCAACUCCAACGAUUCCCGGCUCUUCACUACAUCAAAGUUUUGGUCAGCCUUUUCCAAUUUUGGCCAUGCGUUCAAAGAGGCCCUCCUCAGCCGGUAUGAAAAGCCUCCCAUCGUAUUACGCAAAUACGGUCCAGUUUCUGAUCCAGCCCCGCUAGACGAGGUCCCACUCAAAGAUCGGAUCGCUCACAGCUCGUUUCCCAAACUUCUCGAUAUUUACGACCCGAUCCUGAUGACGAAAUUAUUCCUUCGAAAGCUCGUCGCUUUCUUGUGCGGCUCAGAAGAUUUCCUUUGUGGGAAUGAAAAAGAUGGAGAGAUUUGGUAUGGCAUUGUACGAAUCCGCAUAGCUUCGCUGGCGUUGGAAGGUAUAAUAGGGAGGACUGAGAGGCUCUGCUUGAACGAGGGGUUGGAACUCAUCUCUAUGGUAGACCCAUUGAAAGUAGGUAAAGCCCUUGUACUGUAUUGUGGUAGGAACAAGCAUGCCAUUUCCCUUAGUAAUAAUGUGCGGCUUCGGAUUCAAAUCGCGACUGGACAAGUGCUCUACCCCGCGGAUGGGAAGAAGGCAAUUGGGUAG